AGACCGAACCACAACAACCUGAAAAUAAUAGAAAACAAAACGAAUCGUGCAGACAAAAACUUGGUAUAAAAGCAUUCAAACUAUCUCGCGAAAGUAACGGACUUUUGUAAUCCCUAUCCAAAGCUAAAAAAUCAAACCAAUCAAAAACACCCAACCCAGCAAAAAACAUGUUACACCACCACCACAAUCACCACCAGUCACAGCGACCGCGACGCCGCUGUGAAGGCACUGCUAUGGGCGUUAUCAUUCUCGAUCUCCGCCCGGGUAACGGCAUCGGUCCUUUCUCUCUGGGGAUGCCAAUAUGUGAAGCAUUUGCACAGAUUGAACAACAACCUAGCAUAUACGACGUCGUUCAUGUGAAGUACUUCGAUGAGGAGCCAUUAAAACUUGAUAUUGUUAUCAGCUUUCCUGAUCAUGGGUUUCAUCUUCGAUUCGAUCCGUGGUCACAAAGGUUACGAUUGAUUGAGAUUUUCGAUGUGAAACGUCUUCAAAUGCGCUAUGCUACAUCUCUUAUUGGGGGACCAUCAAAUCUAGCUACUUUUGUUGCUGUAUAUGCGCUUUUUGGACCUACAUUUCCUGGGAAUUACGACAAAGAUAGAGGCGUGUACACUUUGUUUUACCCAGGUUUGUCAUUUGCUUUUCCGAUUCCCAGCCAGUAUACAGAUUGUUUUCAUGGUAGAGAAGCGGAACUGCCACUAGAGUUUCCCGAUGGCACUACGCCAGUUACAUGUCGAGUCUCUAUAUAUGAUGGUUCUGCGGAUAAAAAAGUAGGUGUUGGAUCUUUUAUGCAUAAGGCUUCUGCUCCUCCAUUACUUCCUGGUAACCUGUAUAUGGAAGAGGUGCAUGUUAAGCUUGGGGAAGAAUUAUAUUUCUCUGUUGGAGGGCAGCAUAUUCCUUUUGGUGCAUCACCACAGGAUGUAUGGACAGAAUUAGGUCGUCCAUGUGGAAUUCAUCAAAAGCAGGUUGACCAAAUGGUCAUUCACUCUGCUUCUGACCUUCGCCCGAGGACAACCCUUUGUGGAGACUACUUUUACAAUUACUUUACUCGUGGUCUGGAUAUCUUAUUUGAUGGACAGACUCAUAGAAUCAAAAAGUUUGUUUUGCACACAAACUAUCCUGGUCAUGCAGAUUUUAAUUCGUACAUCAAGUGCAAUUUUGUCAUCCAAGGUUCUGACUUUGACAACUCCAAACAGAGUAUUACACCAAGCACAAAAUGGGACCAGGUGAAGGAGAUCCUUGGGGACUGUGGUCGAGCAGCUAUUCAAACACAGGGAUCUACAAGCAAUCCUUUUGGUUCCACUUUUGUAUAUGGAUAUCAGAACAUUGCCUUCGAGGUGAUGAAGAAUGGUUAUAUUGCAACUGUAACUCUCUUCCAGUCGUGAUGUUUAUCUUUUCUGGCUGGAUGCUGUCACUUUGCCUGGUGCAACUGGAUAUUGUACAGAAUGUUGAACAGAAAGCUGCAUUUAGCGUGUUUAGUGUAAGAGCUUUCAUCACGGGGGAAGCUAUGUUAAAAGUGUACAUAUGAUUUGUGCAGUUCAUUUAUAGUUUAUUAUUAUUAUUAGGGUGUACCUUACUGUAUUUGAUAAAAAGAAUUCCAAUGCUCUGCAUUCAAUAAUUCAGGUUGCAUGUGUAUUCAAGUUGGAUCA